AUGCCUGGCGUUCCCUCAUAUCGUGGGUGCGAAGCGUGUCGGAAGCAAAAGAAAAAGUGCGACCAGGCAAAGCCCGCAUGCUCCCGUUGCGCGCGCCUCAACAUCGCCUGCAUCGGCUGCGGCCAGCAGCGCUUCAAGUUCAAGGACGAGACGCCCCAUCUCAGAGCCGCCGACAAGCAGCUCUCGCGACGGCCACCCGCCUCUGCCAAGGUCGUCUUCGACCCCUCGCGCGCCCUCACCAAUCCCACUACCACCACUGCCAGCGCCUUCAUCUCCGUCCUCGAGAUCACGGACCCCAGCUACGACCUGUUCUGCUAUGGCACCUUCAUGAACGAGAUUCCCUUGCAGCUGGGCCACCAUGAAGCGCUCGACGCCUCCGCCGAAGCCCUCGCCAGCUGCUUUAGCUGCGUCCACACCGGCAAUCUAUCCACUUCGUCGAUAAGUAAAUACGUGCGAGCUCUCAACUCGGUGCAAAAAUGCUUGCAAAACCCCAAAACCGCUUACUCAGGAGAGACGCUGUGCGCCAUCUACCUCAUCAUGCUCGUCCAGGGCUGGAUAGGCAAAGACGACGACUCCUUUCCUCAGCAUGGACAGGCAAUGGCUCAUUUGCUGGGUGUCGUCGUCAAUCGACAGCUGCACGACCCGCAAAGCACUGUCAUGCUCAUUACGCUGACCGUCUCUGUGCUCCUUGAAAGCAUAUUUAAUCCAGACAUUCAGCUGGAGCCAUGGCUUUCCACCCUCGCCGAGGUGCACAGGCCGACCGCUCCCGUACAAAAUGUCGAGGGAGUAGUACUCACCUGUCUCGAGCUGCAGAAUAUGGCACUCAUGACCGAGAUCCUGCGCCAUCCGAUGCAAAACAUCUCUCGAAUGCAAUCACUAUAUCAAAUCGUCCGGCUAGAUUUUCCCGGACUGAGACGACACCUUCUUGAUGUCAUUGAACCAGCUUGCAGCGGUCCCCUCGACAAACUCCCGUUGGUUUUGGUUCGCCUGCAGACGCGGUACCAGGCGGCGUACUGCUUGCUGCUCUCCAUGGGCAUGACGCUCAACGGCAUGCUGCGUGCCCUCAAUCCCUACGACCCCCUCCUGGGAGAGGAGAUGGAUGUCUACUGCGCCGAGAUGCUAGACCUAGCCGAGAGAGCGAAGCGGCGACGACCGUUUGGGGCCAGCCAUAUUCCCCUUGGGCUGCUGUCCGCAUGGGCUGCCAUGGACGACGAGUCGCAACGGCCUGCUAUCAAGCGCAUGAUUGCAGAAUACGACACGGGCUUCGGCUACGUCAACUGGCAGGCCAAGGCAGAGCUCCUGCGGCCCGCAUAUGACACGGUUCGCAGUCGUCUCGCCGUGUCCAAGCUGAGCUCGCCAGAUCCGGGCGAUGUCUCGGACGAUUCCGGUUGCGCAAUGGAUGAGUUCAACCUUGGUGUUUCGUACGCCAAAGCUGAGGACGUGUGCUGCAUCUUGUAG